UAAUUUUUGAUUUCAAAGCACCUGACUUUAGAUCACGCUCGGAUAUAUAUUCGGUUCAGCAGCUGAUAAUCAAGAAUGCUCAGAAAGUAAAGUGGUGGGUCACAAAGAUUAGACCCAUAUGUGUUUAUAGAUUACUAUGGUGCAUGGAGGUAGAGGUCUUAAUAUAUAAUAUUAUAUAAUUUAAUUCAUCAUUGAAGUCUAUCACUAGAGUACUUGUUCUUUGGUAUGAAAAUGUAGGCUGCACAGAAAUGGCUGUAAAAAAAUGCGCCUUCAUGCAACAUCUGCUCACCAAAGUUACACUACUAAUUCUAAAGGAAGAUUUGAUAGACCAGUGAGAUCCGUUAUUACUUACAUACCAUUUCAACAAUGAUUAUAGAUUUAACUGAGGACGAAGUUAAAAAUGAAGGCAAUCCUGAAGAUAGAGGUGAGGUUAGAGGUGAAGUAGAAAUGGUUGAGAGAGGAGGGGCCGAAGAUAGAGGUUUACCAGCUCCUCCUGCUCGUGUUCAUGCUCCUGCUCCUGCUCGUGUUCGUGUUCGUACCCGUGUUCGUACUCCUACUCGUAGUCGUACUCGUGCUCGUGCUUCUACUCGUACUCCUGCUGGUGUUCGUGCUCUUACUCGUACUCCAGCUCAUAUUCGUGCUCCUACUCGUACUACAGCUUGUGUUCGUGCUCGUACUCGUACUCGUACUCGAACUCCAGCUCAUGUUCAAAGAGAUCUAAUUCAGGAAUUCAAUGAGCGAUUGACUCAGGGAGUGCAUAUUAUCCUUAGAGACCAGGACCUUCGGUUCCUGAGAUUAGAACAGGCAAUACAGAAUAUGAAUAAUAAUAUAGUUGAAGAACUUCAAAAAUUGAAUCAUAGUAUUAAUCGAUUCAGCGAUAAUAUUAUCCGAUUAUUGGAACGGCUACCUAUACCAGCAGCUAAUAAUCAAGAAUUCUCAGAAAGUAAAAUGGUGGGCCCCAAAGAUUAGACCCAUAGUUGUGUAUAAUGGAUAUAUAGGUAUUUAUAGAUGACCAUGACACCUGGCCGUAGGGACGAGUUUUUGAAUAGAGUCUUAAUAUAAAAUAUAGUAUAAUUUCAUCGUUGAGUAUUUAGAGAACUCGUUCUUUG